AUGAGGCGACUAGCCGCCGCAACUGCACCACCACCGACUGCCGCCGUGAAGCUCCACCUUUGGAAGUCGCCAAUUCCUUACCUCUUCGGCGGCCUUUCUCUCGCCCUGCUUCUCAUCGCCGCAGCUCUCAUCAUCCUCGCAUGCUCCUUUCGAAAACGAUUUACCGGCGGCGAGAAGGACCCACAAGCCGCCGCGUCUGCCGCCGUGGAUCUUGUAAUGGAGCCGAAGGUUUUGGUCAUCAUGGCCGGGGACAACAUGCCUACGUUCUUGGCUUUGCCUGCAACCGCCGCUGCCGCCCUACCUCCUUGCAGGUGCUCGGCAAAUCAACAAGAUGGCAAUCAAAAUCACUCCCCUUGA